AUGGGACCAGGCACAUCUGUGUUUCAUCCCUCACUGCCCGCACCACUUGCUCGUGGCUACCAGCUUACAUGGAAUGAUGAAUUUGAUUAUACACUGGGGUCCCAUUUGCCCGCAUCAGAGAAUUGGAUCAUCGACCUCGGCACGUCCUACCCUGAUGGCGCUCCAAGGUGGGGAAACAACGAAGCCCAGAGGUACACCAGUGCUCCAUCCAAUAUCCGUGUCACACCGUUCAACACACUUCUGAUCACCCCUCGCGUACGAAACAACACCUGGACGUCGGGGCGAAUCGAGACCCAGCGCUCCGACUUUGCCGCCACGCCAGGAGGCAGGCUCUUCAUUGAAGGCCGUCUCAAAACCGGCUGUGCACCCGCCAGGAGACAACAGGGGAUCUGGCCUGCAUUCUGGGCGCUCGGCAUGGACUUCCGGUGGAACCGUACAAACUGGCCCGCGGCUUCAGAGUGGGACAUUGCCGAGGUUGUGAAUGGAAUGCCAAAGGUAUACAACACACUGCAUUGCGGGACAUCCCCAGGUGGGCCAUGUGACGAGACGAAUGGGAUUGGUAGUGGUGGUGUGGAUUGGACUGGCUGUGAAUGGCACACCGUGGGCUUUGAAGUCGAUCGAAAUGUCAGGGCCUGGUAUCAAGAGAAGCUACGAUGGUACCUGGACGGGAGGAAGGUAUUUGAGAUUCCUGCGGCCAGAGUCAACAAUUCGGCAACAUGGGAAGCCGUUGCACAUAAGGGCCAUUUCCUAUUACUCAAUGUCGCAGUAGGUGGAAAUUGGCCCGGUGCACCGAAUGCCACGACAGCGGAUGGUGGGGAGGUUCAGAUGGAGGUCGAUUAUGUGCGUGUUUGGAACGAGUACAGAAGGGCAUAG